AUGUCUGCUCAAAGCACACAUAGUAUUAAAGAAGAUUCAGAUAAUGCCAGCUCAAAAGAUCAGCCUCGUUUCUACCAACGAUGCUUAUCGACUGCCUACGCUAUCUUGACUCGUUACUUUUUCUUAUUUGGGUUGGGUGUUGUGAUUGGGUUAGCCUGGGCCUUUCCAAGUGUAGGCAAAUCCAAUGGUGAUAUUAAAGCACAAUACACUGUUAAAUGGGGAGCAGUCAUUGUGAUUUUUUUACUUUCGGGCCUUGGUCUUGAAGUCAGUGUGAUGUUGAGAACAAUGUUGCGCUGGCGACUUCAUUUGGUCGUACAAGUCAUCAGUUUUAUUGUAUUGCCCUUUGUUAUGUAUGGUGUGGUUCGUUUCUUUGUAUGCGUCCAUGCUGAUUUGGAUCCUACUGUCUAUAAAGGUUGGAUAAUUGCCUUAUCUACAAGUACGACAGUGUCUUCAAAUGCAGUCAUGACUCGAAAUGCGAAUGGCAACGAUGGAGCAGCUGUAUUGAAUGCUGCUCUGGGCAAUAUCUUGGGUAUUUUUAUUUCGCCCGCACUUAUGACAGCUUUUCAAAACGAUCCCAUUGUGUUUGAACCUGGCACAGACCGUGGUAAUCCCGAUUAUCUAAGUAUUUUGAAGAAUUUAGGUUGUACUGUACUAGCUCCACUAGUGGUAGGUCAAGUCUUGCGCUACUGGUUUCCUGCCCGGGUCAAGUAUUUAGCGGCAAAAUGCAAGUUUCCGAUCAUCAACACAUUAGCCCUCUUGGCACUUGUCUGGUCCGUCUUUUCCGAUAGUCGGGCAAGUGAUGCAUUCUCAAACACAGGAGGUGUGGAUAUUGUAGCGAUCAUCUUUGUCGAUAUCGCCAUGUAUCUCUUUGGCUGUAGUAUCUGUCUGUUUGUAGCUCGCUUACCUUGGCCUACUCGCUAUCGAAAAGAACCUAUAUGGGUCACUCGUUGGCGAUUCUCUCGAAAAGAUGCUGUUGCCAUCAUGUAUUGUGGUGCUACAAAAACAGUCUCGAUGGGUAUUCCAUUGAUCAAUGUUUUAUAUGCACAAAGUAGUUAUGGUAUCAUGGGUGUCUUGUCUCUUCCUUUGUUGAUGUAUCAUAUAUUUCAACUUGUUAUUGGUAAUCUUCAGGUGCCAUUGUUAAAGAAAUGGAUUGAAGAAGAAAAUGAGAUUACACAAACAACUGAGCAAGUCUUGCCAAGAAAUUCAAGUGACUGUACACCAUCGUCUACUAUGCGAAGAAGAGAAUAA